AUGUUCAGCAGACUUUUUGGAAAGAGCAAGGGGUCAAAGUCCUCCAAUGGCGGCGAGACGGUUUUAGCCAGCAUUGAGAAGAUUGGCAAUUCCAUUGAACUGCUGGAAAAGCGAGAGGCCCUGCUAGAGAAAAAAAUGAACGAGGAACUCGAAAAGGCGAAGGAGUUUUACGCGCACAAAAACCAGACGAGAGCUCUGCAAUCCAUGAAGCGAAAGAAGAUGUAUGAAGAGCAGCUUCAGAGCUCAAUGAACGAAAAGCAAAACCUAGAAACGCUUCGCUUUACCCUGCAGAACCAAGCUUUGAAUCAAGAGGUUCUGAAUGCGCAACUCUCCGCGAAGGAUGAUCUUAAACGAUCGAAUAAACGCCUGAAUGCAGAAAAGAUUGAGGAUAACAUGGAGGAAUUGAUUGAGGAAAUGGAUAAGGCGAAGCAGGUAAGCGAGGCCCUACAGCAGCCCAUUGGUGGGGAGAUCAUAGAUCAGGAUGAGCUCCUGCAGGAACUCGAGUUAGAGCUCGAGUUGAAUCCUACAAAGGUGGAGAGUAUGGAGGCGGAAGUUGGGGAGUCGAAAUUGCCUAACAUGCCUGCUGUUCCCUCUUCGAAGCUUCCUUCUAUUUCAAUCAACGAAAAUGCUAUAAAAUCUGAGGACGAGGCGAUCCUCAGAGAGCUUGAGGAGAAGCUGUUGAUUUGA